AUGCCCCAAACACUGCACGCUGUGAAAGGGGCCCUCAUUCUCAUGACGAGGGCCCCAUAUAUUCAUCUGUCACAUACGACGCUCACUUGCUUGCGUUUGUAUAUCCUUCCUCGUGAGCAGGCUGGGAGCAGCAGGCGCCGAGCGCAAAAAAAAAACGCGUGGGGCGGGCUUCUCGUGCCCCGCGGCCCGCUGCACAACCGCGCCGCUCUGCGGCGGCCUGCCGUUAGCGCUUCCUCCGCCGUGUCCUCGCGCACGCGGCCAGAACGCCUCGGCUUCCUGUCGUGCAUGGCUUUGUUCCAGGAGGGGUGA